AUGGCGGUCCAGCGUGUCGCUAGCCAGCAACAGCUGACUCCUCAGCAGUGGACACAAGUGGUCAUCAUCGCAGGCAUUGGCACGUGCCUUGAAUGGUUUGACUUCUACACCUACACGCAGCUGAAUGCCACCCUGGAGAAGGUGUUCUUCCCCACCAACAAUGAGGCCGUCCAGGCUCUGUCCUUCUGGGGCGUGUACGCCGCCGGCUUCGUCGUCAGGCCCAUCGGCGCCCUGAUUUUUGGCCACAUCGGCGACACCAAGGGCCGCAACCGCUGCCUCCUCAUCUCCAUCUGCUGCAUGGCCUUCGCCACCAUCGCCAUCGGCGUGCUACCCACCUUUGCCAUUGCCCCCUAUGCGGCCGGCGUCGCCGCCCCCGUCCUCCUGGCGCUGUGCCGCAUCCUGCAGGGCCUCGCCAUGGGCGGCGAGUUUGGCUCCGCCGUCAUCUACAUCUCUGAGCUCGCCCACAAGGACCGCCGCGGCGCGUUUGUGGCCACGCUGCAGAUGAGCGUCAACGUCGGCAUGGUCGUGGCGACGCUGCUGGUGAUGCUGCUGCAGAACACCCUCUCCCUCGACGCGAUGCUGGCCUGGGGCUGGCGCAUCCCCUUCCUCUGCGCCUUUGUCACCGCGCUGCUGGGCGCCGCCCUGCGCAGCACCAUGCCGGAGCCCAAGGCGUUCCUCACCGCGGCGCGGCUGGCCAAGCUGCGGUCGACCGCCGACGGCGGGGACGCGGCCGACAAGGCUGUGGGCAGCUGCGACCCCUCCACCCUGGACAUGGACGUUGAGGUCGCCACUAACAAGGACCCACUGGAGAAGGGCGAGGAGGAGGCCAACGGCGGCAGCAACGGUCACGCAGGCACCCUGGACAAGAUCGCCAUGAUCACCGAGCGCCUGCACGGCCACAGCGACGCCAAAGUGCCCAUCGUGCGCCUGCUGCGCAACAACGCGCUCGGCGUCGUCCUCCAAAUGAUCUCCGGCGCUUUCUACGUAACAGUCUCGUGGCUCGCCAAGGACCUGCGCACCUACGGCUACUCCCUCAUCGUCACCCAGGGCGUACUCGUCGUCUCCCUCAUCCCCAACGCCAUCGGCCUCCUCACGGGCGGCAUGCUGCUAGACGCCGGCGUCCCCACUAUCCACCUCAACGCUGUGGUUGUCGUGAUUGGCACCGGCCUGGGCUUUGCUGUCUACCCGAGCGUCGGCAUCUCUGUCGCGUAUGCGUGGGGCCUGGUGUCCAUGUUCCACUUCAUCAUCGGCAUUGCCAUGGCCAACGUGGCGAUGCCCUGCACCCGCAUCUAUGAGCCCCUGUCCCGCACCACUGGCUACUCCUUUGCCUACAACUGCGGCUACGGUGUCAUUGGCGGCCUGUCCCCGCUGGCUGUUGCUGCCAUCAAGGCCAACCUGCCCGGCUACGCCCAUACCUAUGCCCCCGCCAUCUGGCUGGCCUGCCUGGGCGGCAUCUCCGUUGUUGGCACCAUCGGCCUGAUGCUCUACCAGCCCCGCCUGGCCAAGCCCCACGUCGGCAAAAUCGAGUGA